AUGGCCACCCCCAGUGUCCUGUCUUUUGACGCUGAGGGUCUCGCCAUUGACUUUGCAGUCUGGGUCGAGGACCUGCAGCUGUACUUACUGUGCGAUGCGAUCGAUGAGGUUUCUCUCUUUGACUUUGUCUCUGGCGCUGUCCCUACCCCUCCUGCUGAUGCUGACCCCUCUGUUCGCUCCAAGUGGGCCACGCGCGAUGCUGCUGCACGUCUUGUUGUGCGUCGCCACCUCCCUUCCUCCGAGCGUGCACACUUUAGUCACCGCCUCAUGCUACCGUUCCUCUUCCCUGACCUCGCUGCCUUUCCCACAGUCGCUGACCUCUUUACCCACCUCCGCGCUAGUGACACUCGCUACCGCGCUGCGCUUCCUGCUGAGUUCCGCGCCGCAAACCCUCCUCCCAUGUACAUCACUCUCUACUUUCUAGUCACCCGUCUCCCUGAGUCCCUUCGUGCCGUUAGGGACCAGUUUCUCUCUGUCUGUCCCACCACCCUCACUGUCGACCUCCUUGAGAAGUCCCUGCUAGCGGCUGAGAAGAGUAUCGUCGCUGUAGGGGCCUCUCGUGGUGACCCUCGCACCCCCAUCUUUGAGGGGUGUUCUCCUUCCCCCCUACUUCCCUCUGUCGCCUCUGCUGCUGUGGGCGACCUCGUUGGUUUGGAGUCGGUCGGUGCGGCGUCUGCCCCCAGCGGUAGGCGCCGCCCUGGCAGGGGCAAGGGGGGCAAGGGAGCGGGUGGAGCUAGCGGGGGCGGUGGCGGAGGCGGUGGAGGCGGCGGAGGGAGUGGGGGUGGCAGUGGAGGUGGUGGCGGGAGUGGAGGUACUAGUGGCGGCGGUGGAGGCGGAGGUGGUGGUGGUGGUGGUGGCGGUGGGAGCGGCGGGGGCGAGGGUGGCAGUGGCGGCGGUGGCGGCGGAGGCGGGGGUGGCGGUGGUGGAGGUGGUCGAAGUGGCUCGUCCCAGCGGAGCACCACUGGAGGUAGUCAGCGCCAGCAGCAGCAGCAGCAGCGCUCUCGCGACGUCCCCACCCCUCAGCAGCUCCGUGAGUGGUACUCCCAGCGUCAGCGUGGUGGGGCGUUCGGUCCCUGCACCUACGUCCUUCGCACCGGCGACCGUGCGGGUGAGCAGUGUGGGGGCACCCACACCGCCCGCCGCUGCUUUGCUCGCUUGACCGACGCUUGGUGCCAGCAGUUUCCGGAGGCCUCUGAGAUCCCCCGCUGGGGAGAGCUGUCUAGGGCUGGUGUAGCUAUCUUUGAUCUUGACUUUGAUGCUAUUCUUGCUGCCAUGUAUGCUGUGUCUGGUAGUGAUGAGGGUGACUGUUACCGGUGUUUCCCGCCCGAUCCGGGCAUUGAGUCUGCUGCUCUAGGUACUGGUGCGGCUGCUGCCCUAGGUGCUUGCGACGCUGCUGCUCUAGGUGCUAGUGUGUCUGCGUCCUCAGGUACUGGUGAGUCUGCGCUCUCAGGUACUACGUCGGCUUCGGCCUCCCUCACCUUCACCCUUGACUUUCGGGCGUCUAGCUCCUUCUUUCGGGACCGCACCACUCUCACGCCGCUUAGUCGGCCGGUUGCGGUGUCCCUGGCUGACCCCUCUGGAGGUCUUGUCCUGUCUCGUUUCUCCACAGUCCUCCCGUGUCCGGCGGCUCCCUCUGGCACCCUGACUGGUCUCUACCUCCCCUCGUUCUCUACGAACCUGGUGAGUGGUGCUGACCUACAGGAUGGGGGUGUCCACCAGUUCACUCCUGCUCGUCAGCGGGUGACACACUGCACAGAGGCUAGCACAGGUCGCCACCUAGCUACGUUUACACGUCGGCCAAGGUCGAGCCUGUACACACUGACCACUGCUUCUCCUCCUGGUGCUGAGUCUGGUAGAGUCCCUUCGUCUGGUCAGGUGUUUGCUGCAGCGUCCAGGUCUGGUCCUGAGUCUGCCCCCUGUUCGUGUCGCCGUCUGUCUCACGAGACUCUCCUCUGGCACCACCGCCUUGGCCACCCCUCUCUGCUUCGGCUCAGAGGCAUGGCCUCCCGUCUUCUUACGUCUGGUCUCCCCCGGUCCCUCCCUCCCCUUCCUCAGGGCCCUGGCCCUGCCAGUGUCCCCUGCGUCGAGGGGCGCCAGCGUGCUGCCCCUCACUCCUCCCAGUUUCCUCCGACAGAGGCUCCGUUGCAGACGCUUCACAUGGACGUGUGGGGCCCUGCCCGCGUCCGUGGACUCGGUCACGAGUGCUACUUCCUGUUGUUGGUUGACGACUUCUCGCGUUACACCACAGUCUUCCCCUUGCGCAGCAAGGGAGAUGUCACUGAGGUGUUGAUCGACUGGAUCCGCGCAGCUCGUCUCCAGCUCAGGCAGAGCUUUGGGUCGGACUUUCCUGUGUUGCGUCUGCACUCGGACAGAGGCGGAGAGUUCUUCUCUGGCCUUCUGCGUGCCUUCUGUCGUGCGCGAGGCAUCCGCCAGACCUUCACGCUUCCGGACUCACCGCAGCAAAAUGGGAUUGCAGAGCGCCGCAUUGGCAUGGUCAUGGACGUCGCUCGUACGUCUAUGAUGCAUGCGGCUGCCCCCCAUUUUCUGUGGCCGUUUGCGGUCAGGUACGCGGCGCAUCAGAUCAACCUCCACCCCAGGGUCUCCAGGCCGGAGACCUCCCCAGCCCUUCUGUGGACGGGGAAGGUUGGCGAUGCGUCGGCGUUCCGGGUCUGGGGAUCUCGGGCGUUUGUCCGCGACUUGUCUGCGGACAAGCUGUCCCCUCGCGCUGCUCCCUGCGUCUUCCUGGGGUUCCCCCCCGACGCCCCUGGGUGGCAGUUCUACCACCCCACCUCUCGACGUGUUCUGUCCUCCCAGGACGUCAUGUUCGACAAGUCGGUACCCUACUACCGCCUCUUCCCCUACCGCACUCCGUCCCUCCCCCCGCCCCCGCUCUUCUUGGUACCAGGUCCCCCCCCGGUAGACCCCCUCCCCCCUCAGGGUCCUGCCCCUUCAGGUGUGUCCCAAGUAGACGCGGUCGAGCCUGUCGAGGUCACUGGUGACUCUGGUGCUGCUGCGGGAGCUGAGCCUGGGGGUGCUGAGACUGGAGGUGCUACGCCUGCGGGUACUGAGCCUGGGGAUGCGGAGUCUGGAGGUGCUGAGCCUGGGGGUGCUGAGCCUAGGGGUGCUGAGCCUGGGGGUGCUGAGCCUGGAGGUGCUGAGCCUAGGGGUGCUGUGCGUGGGGGUACUGAGCCUGGGGGUACUGAGCCUGGGAGUGCUGAGCCUGGAGGUGCUGAGACUGGGGGUGCUCCGCCUGGAGGUGCUACGUCUCGCCGAGAGCCACUCUCCCCUCAGGAGCUACGUGAGUGGUUUGCUAGGCGCUGGAGGCGUGCUGCUGGUGCUGGAGGUUCUUCGACUGCAGAGGGUACUGCUGCCGAGCGUCCCGGCGGUGCUCGUACUGUGGGUGCUGGAGCUGCUGGGUCUGAGGGUUCUCCUGGAGCUGGUGCUGCUGAGGGUGUUGACGCUGAGACUGCCGCUGGAGGUCCGACUGGUGGUGCUCCUGGUGGUGCUGCUGGAGGUUCUGGAGCUACUGGAGGUGCUGCUAGAGCGGGUACUCCUUCUGGGGGUACUGGUGCUGUCCCUGCUGUUUCUGGCGUCGCCGCGCGGCCCUGGCCGUACUUCGUUCCGCUCCUGCAGCAGCUACAGCCUACCUCACCUUUGCCUGCUCCUUCUCCCUACGCUGGUCCGACUGGAGGUCUUACUGAGCGUCGUGAGCCUGCGUCUCGUCCUGCGUCGCCUGUUCGUACUGCGCGCACUAGUGGUCGUGGUUCGCGUCAGCGUCCUCCUCCUGUCCCUGGCACGCACCGGAUGUCUCUGCGUCCGUCUACUGCUCCUCUGCGUGCCCCUUUGCCUUCUCCUCCUGCUUCCUCUCUUCCUGCUCUUGCCGACCCGGAGUCGGACUCUCUUCGUGCUGCCAGUCCUACUGUCACGCGUCUUCUUGCUACUGCUGUCACUGACCCUUCUUUCGAGUCUUCUGCUGCGUCUGCCCUUGUCACUAAGCUCGUCGAAUUUGCUGCGCGCUGUCGUCUAGACUACGCUGCUAGUCUUGUCGCUGAGUCUGAGUCUGCCUGUCCUCCGUCCGUCGGGGGUGAGUGUGCCCUUGGCACGGACGUCCUUGAGGACAGGCAGGAGGAGUUCCAGUGUUUGGCCGCCGCUUCACCUCAUCUUGCGUCUGUACUGCUAGCCCCUGAGGGAGACCCAGAUGCACUAGACAUCCCGACUCCGCGCUCUUACGCGGAGGCGAUAGAGGGUCCCUACUCCUCUCAGUGGCAGGCAGCUAUGGAUGCAGAGAUGGCUUCCUGGAAGUCCACAGGCACCUACGUCGACGCUGUUCCCCCUCCUGGGGCGAACAUCGUCAGUGGCAUUCAGCGGCAGGGAGUUGACUACUUUCAGACCUUCUCCCCCACCCCGAAGAUGACCACUCUUCGGGUACUGCUGCACGUUGCUGCUCACCGUGACUACGAGCUGCACUCUCUCGACUUCAGCACAGCUUUCUUGCAGGGCAGCCUGCACGAGGAGAUCUGGCUGCAUCGCCCACCUGGCUUCACUGGGUCUUUCCCUCCUGGUACCCAGUGGAGUCUCCGGCGUCCAGUCUACGGUCUCCGCCAGGCGCCACGUGAGUGGCACGACACACUGAGGACUACGCUUGCGGCACUUGGGUUUGCUCCUUCUACUGCCGACCCGUCGCUGUUUCUGCGCACCGACACCUCUCUACCGCCGUUCUACAUCCUCGUGUACGUCGACGACUUGGUCUUUGCCACAGCGAACACUGCUGGACUCGCUUACGUGAAGUCCGAACUGCAGAAGAGACACACGUGCACUGACCUGGGUGAACUGCGCAGCUACCUUGGCUUGCAGAUCACCCGGGACAGAGCACGCCGCACCAUUACCCUGACUCAGUCACACAUGGUGCAGCAGGUCCUUCAGCGCUUCGGCUUCACGUACUCCUCGCCUCAGGCCACUCCUCUGCCUACUCGCCACUCGCUCUCAGCUCUGCCUUCGGAUGAGUCCGUAGAGUCGAGUGGCCCGUAUGCAGAGCUUGUUGGCUGCCUCAUGUACCUGAUGACCUGCACACGACCUGACCUUGCAUACCCUCUCAGCAUUCUCGCACGCUAUGUUGCUCCUGGGAGAUACCGACCAGAGCACAUGGCUGCAGCGAAGAGGGUGUUGCGCUACUUGUGCAGUACGUCGGGCAUGGGGCUAGUGCUUGGAGGGCGCAGUCCAGUGGUCCUCACUGGGCACGCGGACGCUUCUUGGGCUGACGACCAGGCUACGCAGCGGUCGUCACAGGGUUACACCUUCGGCCUUGGUUCCGGCUCUGUUUCGUGGCGGGCUACUCGCUUGUCUUCUGUUCUCGGCUCCAGUUGUGAGGCUGAGAUCUACGCCGGGGCUAUGGCUGCUCAGGAGCUUCGCUGGCUCACCUACCUGCUGACCGACCUUGGAGAGCCGCCUCGUUCUCCUCCAGUCCUGUACGUAGACAACAAGGCCAUGCUGGCCUUGUGUCGAGAGCAGCGACUGGAGCACAGGACAAAGCACAUUGCUCUCCGCUACUUACUUGCUCGUGAGCUACAUCAGCGUGGACAGUUGCGACUUGCGUACGUGGUCUCUGAGGCCAACACUGCUGAUGUCUUCACCAAGGCACUUGCGCCUUGUGAUCAUCAGCGCUGCUGCACGCAGCUGGGUCUUGUGCCUGUCUUGCCUCACUUGCUCACUUCUUGA